ACUACUGGCACACUGCAGCUGAGGCGAUGAUCUUGGGCUCUUAGCUGCUCGCGAGGACGCAGUCCAUGGGAAGAGAUACCUCCUUAGCUCAAUUAAGACUAAAAAGCCGAAAUGUCGGACCCCGAAUGGACGUCUCUGGAGGUAGGACACUUGCCAAAAUAACAUUUUAUUCCGAGUGGAAGGAAUGUAAUCAAUUGUUAUUUCGUUCUGUAUUUUUCAAAUUUCCACUUUUAAAUAGGGUCCAGACUGAGGCAUCAAAAGUCUAGGGUUUUAAUUUUGUCACUAACGGACAUUAUAGUCAAAUCACGCCCUCUUCCGUGACACUGGGCGUGAGACAUUCGAACCCUCCAAAUCCCCGCUAAUUUUACGGUGCGACAAUUCCGCUUCCUGCAGUUUCGCCAAAGAUGUAUUUUGGCCCUCUCAGCUCACCGUCCGCGCAGCCUCCAGUGAUAAAUGUAAGCCCCGCCCCCUGCGCUCCGGACGGCGCGAAAACCCAAUUGACAAGAACUCCCGCCGAAGCCCGCGGGUCCGGUCUGCGUUCCGCCUGCUUUCCCCGUCGGGGUCCCAGUCCCGAGCGCUCAGCCUGACGUGCUGGACUCCGGGGCACCCUACACUCACCGGUCACGCCGAGGAUUCCCGCUGCCCGCGCUUUUUCACCGCUUCUUCCCGCGUUCGACUCGGCUGAGCUGGGCCCAAUCUCCGUGACCGCUCCCCGCGGGUGGGCGCGGGGGAGUCCGAGACGGAUCCCACUGCCCCGUUCCCCGCUCCUGCUGGAGCCGGGCACCUCCAUGGCCGCCAGCCAUGCCAGGCCGGGCCGUAAAAGGUCCUAGGAGCCGGGAUUCCGGGAAGCAGGGAGCAUGGUGGGGGUCCUUGCCAUGGCGGCGGCAGCUGCUCCCUCUCCGGUGAAGGACUACGAGAUUGAGGCAUGCAAAAAGCGAAGGAAAGAUGAUGACAGAUCUUCCUGCGAAACAAUUACAAAAUAUUUAUCACCAAUAGGGAAGACUGCAGACAGGGUUUUAUCUCCACCCAAAUCCAGUAAUAUUUUGGAUUAUUUUAGAAAGACUUCACUCACUAAUAAGAAGACUCAGUCAGCAAAAAAGUGCAAGAUAAAGUCACUUGCACCGUUGCCUGCUGACAGUAGCAAAGACUGUAAAAUACCUUUGGAAAUUGUCUCAAAUAUAGAGUUUAAGAAGAGAGGAAGGAGAGUUAAUUUAUCUUAUCAACUAAAUAAUUUUAAAAUUGAAAAUGAAUCUCCAAUUCAAAUUAGUAGUGAUGAUAGCAAAGAAGACUGUAGUUUAAAUAAUGACUUUGUGGAAAAUAGUACUUCUGUUUCACUCUGCAAGAAACAUGUAGAAGUACUUGCAGAAAGUAUUCAAGAUAUCAAAAACCAGUCAAGCACUAUGACUUCCAGAAAAAGUUCCAAGAAAGUAAAUCCUAAACAAGGGACCACAAAAAAUGAUUGUAAAAAAUUGAGAAAAAGGAAGCGCCGAGAUGUAAUAGAUUUAUGUGAAAGUUUACCCUUGGCAGAGGAGCUAAAUCUCCUUACAAAGGAUGUUAAAGACAGUAAACAGAUAAUACCUUCCCCAAUUAAUGAAAUUGAGAGUACCGCAAAUGAUGCAAGCUCUAGAGAUAAUAUAACUCAAACAGCCCAGUUAAAUGAUGGUACAAUAACUGUCCCGUAUGAGGAAUUUUUAAAAAGCCACAAGGAAAAUAAACUGGAACAGAUACCAGACUCUACAAUGUCAAUGUGCAUUCCUUUUGAAACUGUCAGAAGUGGUUGUAUAAGUGACGCAGAAACCUGUGAAAUUUCCCAACAAGUACUGUUUAAGACAGUUACUGUUCUUGCACAAGUUCACCCUAUUCCCCCCAAAAAGACAGGGAGAAUACCCUCAAUUUUCUUGAAACAAAAGCAGUUGGAAAUGGAAAGUAGUCUGUCUGAUCCUGAGAGUGAGACGACAGUUCAGAAAAGAAAAUCGAACGUUGUUAUACAGGAGGAAGAAUUAGAAUUGGCAGUGUUGGAAGCUGGCAAUUCUGAAGCUGUGAAACCAAAAUGCACUCUAGAAGAACGGCAGCAGUUUAUGAAAGCUUUUAGGCAGCCAGUAUCAGAUGCACUUAAAAAUGGAGUCAAAAAGCCUGAUAAGCAGAAAGAGCUCAAUGAAAAAUCUUUAAAUGAGGGAGGAAGAGACAAUAAUUCAAAAAAAAUCAUGGAAAAUCCUAAUAUUCAAAUGGUUUCAAAUAAUGGCAAUUCACAGUCACACAUGGAUACAGGAAGUUUUCCUAAGGAGAAAAGUAAAAACCUAAAGAAAAAGGAUAAAAUGUUAGGUACCGGUACUACUCCCAGUGAAACUAGAGAGGAAAAUACUCAAAAGAAAAACACUUUUUCCUUUAAAGAUAAACAAAAUAAAAAUAGGCUUAGAAUGAAUUUAAGACCAAAAAAUCCAGAAGUUUUCAAAAACAGUCCAUUAUGUAACAGCGAAAGUCAGCUUUGUGAAGAUAGAGCAAAUGAUGACCCUCUAAAGAUUUUUUCCUCUUUGUGUAACAAUGAGCGUUCAAGAAAAACGAGCACACCAGUUAAGGAUAAGGUUUUACAUUAUAAAGCUGACACUGAAGACAGCUUGGUAAAUGUUUUCACACCCAAAUCAACCAGAAGAUCUGCAAGAAGUAGCAGCACACCUACUACAAUAAUCACUAGAAGUACAGAUUCGGGAAAUGCACCAGAUGGUAGUCCAGUGAAAGUUUCCACCCCAAAAGCAGCCAACUUAGCAGAAAAGCAUAGCUUAUAUACAGCAGAAUUAAUAACAGUGUCCUCUGAUUCAGAGAGCCCUAUCAGAAUGAAAUUCACCAGAAUUAGUACUCCCAAAAAAUCUAAGAAGAAAUCUAAAAAAAGAUCCAAGAAAUCUGAAGCAACUGAUGGAGAUUUUGUCUCUCAAACUAGAAAGGCAAUCAAUACUUCAAAAAAGGUAACAAAAGCAAAACAAUUGAUUGAAAAUGCAAAAGCUUUACAUAUUAGUAGGUCAAAAGCUGCUAAAGAAACAGUGACACCAUUAAGGCGUUCAUCAAGACAUCAGUCUCUUCCUGAGAGGAAAAACAUGUCAGACACAGAAGACUCUGUAAUAAUAAUAGAUUCAAGUCCUACUUCUUUAAAGCAUCCUGAGACAAAUCAGAAGAAGCUUCAGUGUCUAAAUGAUGUGCUAGGAAAAAAACCUAACAAGACUCCUAAAAAUGUACCUGGAAAAAUGAAAGUUGCUCCUCUAUUUCUUACCAGAAAGGCUCAUAAAACAGCUGACCCUAUCCUUGGUUUUGAUGAAAGCAGUCAAGAUACAUCUGAAAGAUCUCAGGAUUGUGAUGUGCAACUUAAAGCAAAGCGUGACUUUCUAAUGAGUGGUCUGCCAGAUUUGUUGAAACGACAAAUUGCAAAGAAAGCUACUGCGUUAGACAUGUACAAUGCAGUGAGCGCCAGUUUCCAGAAAGUUGUUCAUGUGCAACAAAAAGAUGAUGGAUGCCAUUUGUGGCAUUUGAAACCACCCACAUGUUCUCUCUUAAGUAAACUUAAAGAACUGAGUACUAAAGUAAUAGAUCUCUCAAAAUGUGUUAUUGCUCUUGGUGAAUUUUCAACAUUGAAUUCAAAUUUGAAAAGUAAUAAUUCUGCUGUUGUGUUUAGGGGGAGAAGGAAAGAUUUUACAGAAGAAGUAAGAAAUCUUUUGCUAGAGGAAAUUAGAUGGUCAAAUCCUGAAUUUUCUUGGAGGAAAUAUUUUCCUUUGCUUCUAAAAAAACAAACAGAGCACCAGGUACCCUCUGAAUGUCGUCGUAAACCAGAAAGUGCACAGCUAGAGCCUGAUGUCAAGCAAAAAGAAACCAAAAGGAAACGAGUGGAAACCAAAAAUCAUAAGUCAAAAAGAAAGAAACUAAAUGAGUUUUCAGAAAGUCCAAAAAAGAUAAGUGGCCAACCAAAAGAACUUGACAAAAGAGACAAUUCCACUGGGAUAAAACUAGAGUCUUCCAAAGGUCUAUAUUCUAAAACAUCCAGGAAGAAACAGACCGCUUUAAGUGUAACAUGUAAAGAGGAAACAGAAGCAGUGGAAGAUUCUGGUAUUCUGAUAAUAGACGAUAACAAAGAAUCUACAUCAGAAAUAUCUUCUGUUUCUGAUUCUGGAACUGAAGACAUGCUUUGGACAGAAAAGUAUCAACCUCAGAACUCCAGUGAACUUGUAGGCAAUGAGCUAGCUAUAAAAAAAUUAUAUAGUUGGUUGAAAGACUGGAAAAAGAGAGCUGAGUUGGAAGAAAGACAAAAUUUGAAGGGAAAAAGAGAUGAGAAACAGGAAGAUCUGUCGGAUAGAAUAGACUUUAAAGGCAGUUCAGAUGAAGAGGAGACUCGCCUUUGCAAUACUGUUCUUAUAACAGGGCCUACGGGAGUGGGGAAAACCGCUGCUGUGUAUGCUUGUGCUCAGGAGCUUGGAUUUAAGAUAUUUGAAGUGAAUGCCUCUUCUCAGCGGAGUGGAAGGCAAAUUUUGUCCCAACUGAAGGAAGCUACUCAGUCCCAUCAAGUAGACAAGCAAGGUGUAAACUCACAAAAGCCUUGUUUUUUUAAUAGCUACAACAUAGGCAAGUCACCAAGACUCCAAGUUCAGCCUCCGCAACUCAGGAAAACCGCUCCUCACUGUGGCCUGGAAAUUCUCUCAAGGCAAUGGGUGGGGAAAUCCAAUCUGUAUGUUGGCCAGGAACAGAAACCAUCUGUUUUUCUUUUCAUGCUCAUGUUGUCGCAUGUUGAUGUCAUUUUUGAAGAAGAUGCUGGGUUUUUGAAUGCAAUCAAAACAUUCAUGGCAACAACUAAAAGACCUGUAAUCCUUACUACAAGUGAUCCUACAUUUAGUUUAAUGUUUGAUGGCUGCUUUGAAGAAAUUAAUUUCAAUACUCCUUCACUGCUAAAUGUUGCCAGCUACCUACAGAUGAUCUGCUUAACUGAAAAUUUUAGAACUGAUGUAAAAGACUUUGUAACAUUGUUAACUGCAAAUACUUGUGAUAUAAGGAAAAGUAUCCUUUACUUACAAUUCUGGAUUAGAAGUGGAGGUGGAGUUUUAGAAGAAAGGCCAUUAUCCCUUUGUCGCGGAAACAGCAGAAAUGUACAACUUGUUUGUUCUGAAGAUGGUUCUGACUCCAAAAAUAACCCUAAAAAUACUAAAAGGAAUCCUAUACACAUUCCCAAAUGUGACACUGGCUGUGUUGAGACCUUGUUUGGCCUUAAGAACAUUUUUUCCCCAUCUGAAGACUUGUUUUCAUUUUUAAAGCACAAAAUCAGAACAAAGGAAGAAUGGCAUAAGCUCAUCCAGCUUCUUACAGAAUUCCAAAUGCGGAAUGUAGAUUUCUUAUAUAGUAACCUUGAGUUCAUUCUACCGUUACCUGUUGAUAUCAUUCCGGAAACAGAAAAUCUUUGUGGUUCAUCAAUAAGUGUGGACACCAGUGCAGCAACAAAAAAUAUGAAAUGUCUUGCUAGGAAACAUUCUGAAGGAGAGAAGCCGUUGAAAAAGUCACAAAAAAAGAAACGUAAGAAAAAAAUGGUAAUUUUAGAUGACAGUGACUUAUUUGAUACUGGAUUGGACUUUACCGAUGAAUUUCUUUGCCUAUACCCUGCAUCUUCUUCCUCAAAUUUUGAAGAAAGCAAAGCCAAAGAAAGCAAUCCAGAGACAAAGAAACUAAACAAAGAAAUUAACAUUGAACCUAUUCCUCGUCCUAAAACACCAGCAGAAAAAAAAUGUUCAGCCCUCGUUUCUCACUGUCUGAAUUCUCUCACUGAGUUCAUGGAUAACAUGUCCUUCUUAGAUGCCCUUUUAACUGAUGUAAGGGAACAAAAGGAACUUGGUAGAAAUGACUUUAGUUGGACAAACGGAAAGGUUAAAAGUGGACUUUGUGAUGAAUUUAGUCUUGAGAGCCGUGAUGGAUGGACUUCUCAAAGCUCUGAAUUAAAGGCAGCUGUAGAAGCUCUCAGCUUUACUAAGUGUUCUUCUUCUAUUUCAAAAGCAUUGGAAACCUUGAAUUUUUGCAAGAAAUUAGGCAGAGAUCCAACAAAAGACCUUACUUUUUAUGUUUCACAAAAGCGCAACAAUGUGUACUUUAAUCAGUCAAUGGCUAAUUUAGACUGUGCUUGGAAGAGGAUAGCAGUCAUUGAAAGUGUAUUUUCUAACCGAUCUCUUUUGAACCUGGGUAAUAGACAAGCUAGUAUAAUUGAAUACUUGCCAACUCUUCGAAACAUUUGUAGGAUCGAGAAGCUAAAAGAACAAGGAAAAAGUAAAAGAAGGUUCCUGCACUAUCUUGAAGGGAUUCACCUUAACGUUUCAAAAGAGACCGUGAACACUUUGGCAGCUGGCUUCCCUUAACAUCCCACAUUAAUAAUGUCUUGUACAGAUUAUUGUGUGACCCUUACAUUUUCAUAUUGAUUUUCAUGGAGGAGUUUAUUUCUCGUAAUGUACAUUUAAGAUAGACUGUUUGUAUAUUUUUUAUCAGUGUGCAAAUAUUUAAAAUGGAAAAAAUUUUGAGUUACAAAUUGUAUUUAUGUGUGUUUUUUCUGAAUUUUUUAUAAGCUGAUUUAGCUUUGUUAGAGUGUUUUUGUAUGUGAGUGAGAUGUUUCUAGGAGGUAGAAUUCACUAAGAUGUUUCUAAAGAUGUUUCAAUGUGAAACCAAUCCAUAAUUUCCCCCUUUUCUGGUAUUUUUAAUCCACCUCUCCAAUCAAGUGUCAGUACUCUGUAAAGUUGUAAAUAUGAAUCUCCCACAUGAUAAUCUUUUUAAUAAGUUUUACAAUCCAGAAUACAAAAUUACAUAUAUAAUGCAUAAGAAAACUUCCUGAGAAAAAUCAUGCUUCAUUUUCCAAAAAGUUAGAUCUUCCUGAUAAAUGUAUUUUUAGUACACUCCAGCAUAUUUUACCAUUGAAUCAUUAAAUGUUGACGAAGUGAAAUCAAGAGUAUGAAUUGUAGUUUUCAUAAAUUUUUUUAUCAGCCAUACGUGUUAUCUUGUAUAUUUUGCCACCUCAAAUCAUUUGCCUUGUACAUUUUUCUUGUAUUUUUAUAUCAUUGAUGUUUUAUUUCAUAAAGGUAUUGAUGUUAAUAUA